AGGAGGAGGAAGCGGUUCAUUCUCUCCAUUAGUGAGAUCUAUUUUUAUUUUAUUUUUCUAUUUAGUUUGACCCCAUUCGGCAUUUUUCUGCUGAAUUUAGAGUCUUCGAAAAGGUUGCGAUGGGUGACAUCCGUCAGUCAUUGCUGCCUCGGGACGUGCUAAGCGCCGCCAAGGAGCUGCUCUACCACUUGGAUAUCUACAUCUGCAACAUGGUGCAGUCGGGCAGGCAGCCCCCUCAGGUCGACUCCAAAACCCUGGAUCUGAUCGAGGAGUUCAUCCUGCACACGCCCAAGGACAGAAACACACCAGUCAGAAGGAUGAGUGCUCUGCAGGAGCUGCAGCUCCUGGAGAUCAUGUGCAGCUGUUUCCAGGAACAGAGUCGGGACACGGUGCGCCAGCUCAUGUUCUCCGCCCUCUUCAAUCUCCAAGGAAACCAGGCGGAUGAGAGUCGGAUGGCGCUGCUGAGCAAACUGGUCUCCAUGGCAGUCGCUGUGGGCAGGGUUCCCAUUCUGGAAUGUGCUGCCACCUGGCUACAGAGGACCCAUUGUUUGUACUGCGUCCGCCUGGCGCAGGUACUGGUGGACGACUACUGCAGCAUGGUACCGGGAUCUGGGCCCACCCUGCACAACAUCCACAGCGCCAGCCCACGCUUCUGCUGCCAGUUCAUCGCAGCCGUCACCACUCUGUACGACCUCACCUCAGAGGAGCUCACGCCUCCGAUGGAGCUUCUCCAGAUGAUCGUGUCGUGGAUCCAAGACGACCCCCGGCUGGUCCUGAUCACCUUCCUCAACUCGCCCCUGUCCGGCAGCCAGCCAAUCAGCUCUCUGGACGUGACGCCGCUCGGCGGGUUGAUCCGCUGGUGCAUCAAAGCGCCGCUGGCCUACAGGCGGAACAAGAAGCAGGCGAACGACGGGAGCUCUGACGGCGAGCUGGACGCGGCGCGCCUCUUCUCUGCUCUACAUCUAAGUGUUCUUCAGGUGUUCAUGCUUUUACCCAACAUACUCAACGAGAAGGGGCUCUUCGGUCGCCUAGCGCUGCUUCAGAUGGAGUCGGUGGCCGCCCUGACCUCCGAUCUCUCUCGCCUCCUGGACCAGGCCGACAAACACACACACGCAGCCACCAGCGACACACACGCUGCGCCUCAGCUGGCCCUGGACCGGCUGGCCCAGGCUCUCCAGGUGGCGAUGGCCAGCGGAGCGCUGCUCUGCUCCAGAGAGGACCUGAGAGCCAUCUGUUCACGGCUCCCUCACAACAAUCUGCUCCAGUUGGUGCUGUCCGGCCCGGUGAUGUACUACAACAACAUCCACACCCCUCCGCUGGCCUACAGCCCCCACGCCGCUCACUCUCCCAUCCCCGCUCACCCCACUCUGCCGCCUCACACACCCCACACGCCUUUGGCCGCCCACCCGGCCCCUCACGCCCAGUACCCCGCUCAGCCCUUCAUGACGGGGAUGCCGUUCCCCUUCCGACCCGGCCACUAAAAAAACCCAAACACAGACUGCCGCCCCGUGACUGCAGAUAUGACGAGUGUUUGAAGGAAUGUUUGAAUUUAUGAGCGCUUGUGAAUGUUUUACAGUGUAUCCGCAUUGAAUAAAUAUUUUUUUACUUUA